UUCCACAUGCGGACAGCUCGAGCAGUGCAUGCGGAUCAGCCGAGCGAAGACACGCGAUUGGUGCUGAAUUGCUGAUGGUGAAAGAGCUGCGAACACCGGCAAUGUGCAACUGUUCACGGGAAUUAAACGAGGAUAUAUCUGGCUCCGUCGAACGAGAGAGUAUUCAGAGGCAUCGUUUGUGAAUCUAGCAUAACUACAGUACUCAAGGAUUCCCAUUUCCUAGCAGUGUACGAAUAAUUUACGAAGAACAAGAACAACCAGCGAGUUUACGAUGCGUUUUGUAUAAUCUUUGUUUAAUUCGGCUGGGUUUGUAACUUUUUUGUUUCCUUGUAUGGUGAUUAAACGCCGGCAUUUAAAAGUUACCCGCGGCGAUCAUCGCUUUUUCGAAGGUCCGAAGGUCUUGGGACUCUUAAAGGCUUGAAGAAGCCCUUUUGGGGGGUUGAGAAUCCGUUCAUAAUCAGGCUGUCCGUCCGUCCACGAUGGAGAACGCACACACGAAGACCGUGGAGGAAGUUUACAGUAAUUUCUCCGUCAACGAGAGCACGGGGCUCGGCCUGGAGCAAGUCAAGCGGCAGCGCGAGAAAUGGGGACCCAACGAAUUGCCUGCGGAAGAGGGUAAAUCACUGUGGGAGUUGGUGGUGGAGCAAUUUGAGGACCUCUUAGUGAGGAUUCUUCUCCUGGCAGCUUGCAUUUCUUUUGUUUUGGCCUGGUUUGAGGAGGGAGAGGAGACCAUAACUGCAUUUGUGGAGCCUUUUGUAAUAUUGCUUAUUCUUAUAGCCAACGCCAUUGUAGGAGUCUGGCAGGAAAGAAAUGCAGAAAAUGCCAUUGAGGCCCUCAAGGAAUAUGAGCCUGAGAUGGGCAAAGUCUAUCGCCAGGAUAGGAAGACUGUACAGAGGAUCAAAGCCAGGGACAUCGUACCCGGGGAUAUUGUGGAAGUUGCCGUGGGUGACAAAGUUCCUGCCGACAUUCGCUUAACGUCGAUUAAGUCAACGACCCUUAGGGUGGACCAGUCCAUUCUAACAGGAGAGUCUGUUUCAGUAAUCAAGCAUACAGACCCUGUCCCUGACCCUCGCGCUGUGAACCAGGACAAGAAGAACAUGCUCUUUUCUGGUACCAACAUUGCUGCAGGCAAGGCGGUAGGCGUAGUGGUUGCCACAGGCGUGAACACUGAGAUCGGUAAAAUCCGUGAUGAGAUGGCAUCCACGGAGCAGGAGCGCACACCCCUGCAGCAAAAACUGGAUGAGUUUGGCCAGCAGCUCUCAAAGGUCAUCUCGCUGAUCUGCAUCGCCGUGUGGAUCAUCAACAUCGGACACUUCAACGAUCCCGUUCACGGCGGCUCAUGGAUCCGCGGGGCUGUGUACUAUUUUAAGAUCGCUGUUGCACUGGCGGUGGCUGCCAUCCCAGAGGGAUUGCCCGCCGUUAUCACCACCUGCCUGGCUCUGGGUACCCGUCGUAUGGCCAAGAAGAACGCCAUUGUACGCUCUCUGCCCUCCGUGGAGACCUUGGGCUGCACCUCCGUCAUCUGCUCUGACAAGACCGGCACUCUUACCACCAAUCAGAUGUCAGUUUGCAGGAUGUUCAUUGUUGAUCAGGCAGAUGGAAAAAGCUGUUCCCUGAAAGAGUUUACCAUUACUGGCUCCACAUACGCCCCUGAUGGACAAGUGUUUCAUGAGGGUAAACCCGUGCAAUGCUCCCAGUAUGAUGGUCUGGUUGAAAUGGCCACCAUCUGUGCUUUGUGCAAUGACUCCUCUCUGGAUUACAAUGAGGUCAAAGGUGUGUACGAGAAAGUGGGAGAAGCCACAGAAACUGCCCUCACAUGUCUGGUGGAGAAAAUGAAUGUGUUCGACACUGAUUUGAGGAGCUUUUCCAAAGUUGAGAGGACAAAUGCAUGCAACUCCGUCAUCAAGCAAUUGAUGAAGAAAGAGUUCACUCUGGAGUUCUCACGAGACAGGAAAUCCAUGUCAGUCUACUGCACUCCCAACAAAGCUCGCUCCUCCAUUGGCAAGAUGUUCGUUAAGGGUGCUCCAGAAGGGGUGAUUGACAGAUGCACACAUAUCCGUGUGGGUGGAAAUAAGGUUCCCUUGACGGCAGGCAUUAAAGAGAAGAUUAUGUCUGUGAUCCGCGAGUAUGGCACAGGACGUGACACGCUACGCUGUCUGGCUCUGGCUACCCGAGACAACCCGUUGAGUAAAGAGAGCAUGGUACUGGAGGACUCGAGUCGAUUUAUUGAGUAUGAGACUGACCUGACAUUUGUGGGAUGUGUGGGCAUGCUGGACCCCCCCAGAGCCGAGGUGGCAGCUUCCAUCAAACUCUGUCGGCAGGCGGGCAUCCGAGUCAUCAUGAUCACUGGUGACAACAAGGGCACAGCUGUCGCCAUCUGCAGACGCAUUGGCAUCUUUGGCGAGGAUGACGAUGUCUCGCACAUGGCCUACACUGGCCGAGAGUUUGACGAUCUGUCUCCUGCUACCCAGCGUGAGGCAGUACUCACUGCACGUUGCUUCGCCCGUGUCGAGCCCUCCCACAAAUCCAAGAUUGUGGAGUUCCUGCAGUCCUACGAUGAGAUCACUGCCAUGACUGGAGAUGGUGUGAACGAUGCACCUGCUUUGAAGAAGGCUGAAAUCGGCAUCGCUAUGGGCUCAGGCACGGCGGUGGCCAAGACUGCAUCUGAGAUGGUGCUUGCUGACGAUAACUUUGCCACCAUUGUUGCUGCGGUGGAAGAGGGUCGCGCCAUUUACAACAACAUGAAACAGUUCAUCCGCUACCUCAUCUCCUCAAAUGUUGGUGAGGUGGUCUGCAUUUUCUUGACGGCGGCUUUAGGGUUCCCAGAGGCUCUGAUCCCAGUUCAGCUGCUUUGGGUGAAUCUGGUGACUGAUGGUCUGCCUGCAACUGCGCUGGGCUUCAACCCACCCGACCUGGACAUCAUGAGCAAACCCCCUCGCAAUGCCAGAGAGCCCCUCAUCUCUGGCUGGCUCUUCUUCAGAUACCUGGCCAUUGGCUGUUAUGUUGGUGCUGCUACUGUAGGUGCUGCUGCCUGGUGGUUCGUUGCUGCUGAGGAUGGGCCCAGGGUCACCUUCUACCAACUGAGCCACUUCCUGCAGUGUGCUCCAGACAACCCUGAGUUUGAGGGCCUGAAUUGUGAGGUGUUCGAGUCCCCAUAUCCCAUGACCAUGGCUCUGUCUGUGCUAGUCACCAUUGAGAUGUGCAACGCCCUCAACAGUGUGUCCGAGAACCAGUCUUUGCUUCGCAUGCCUCCCUGGGAGAAUGUCUGGCUGCUCGGAGCCAUCUGCCUUUCUAUGUCCCUUCACUUCCUUAUCCUUUAUGUGGAGCCCCUGCCGAUGAUCUUCCAGAUCACCCCACUGAAUUUGACCCAGUGGCUUAUGGUGCUGAAGAUCUCCCUUCCAGUCAUCCUACUGGAUGAGGUGCUUAAGUUUGCAGCCAGAAACUACCUGGAGCCCAAUAAAGACCUGGACAAGCCCACAGGCAAAGCCUGCUCCCUCAGCGCCUGCACCGAGGGCAUCUCCUGGCCCUUCGUGGCCAUUUCACUUCCCCUAGUGUUGUGGAUCUACAGCACUGACACUAACUUGGCUGAAAUGUUUUGGUCUUGACUGAAAUGAGCACAAAGUCCACACCAUGUGUAGAUAGUGUGUGUAUGUGUGGUUGUGAGUUUAAAGCGUGCCUCUGCAACAGUGAAUGUGUAUGAGAAGGACAGGUUUAACACAAACUUAACAGUAAUACAGAAACAUAGCUUUUUAAAUGUCCUGUGGGGAUUAAGAAGGCACAGACCUGAAGUCUUGAAGUAUUAGUAACCAUUAAUGUUCUUAGCACAUUUGUGGACUUCCUGCUGGUUUGUUUUUUCCUUUUGUUUUCAGUUUUGUAUUUUGUUUAAUUUUUAAACAUUAAUUUGGAAAUGUUAUGUCUUAAUAUCUGAUAUCUAAUUUCAAACCAGUAUGAAUAAUGGUUAUUUCCAUUUGUUCUCCCCCCACAUCAUGUGUUCAAAUGGCUGAAUGAAAAAAUAAGUGCUUGUGUAGAGACAGUUAACACUAUUUUAGGCAGUUGUUCAUUUGUUAUUCCAAUUUUUUUUGUUGGGUUGGGGGGUUAAAGAAGAGCAUAGUGGGGUGGUACAUUUGAAUAGAGAGAGAAGAAUUGUUUACUAAUGUUUACCUUUGUGUCUUCGGGGGUGAAUUUCACCCAGAGCCAAUGGAAAAGCAUGGUGUCACAAAGCAGCAUGGGAAAGAGUGUGGGACUGAAUGUUUGAAUGUGUCAACCAAGUCAAAUCCUGGGAUGAAAGCUGCAUGUUCUGUUCGUUGCAUGCAUUGUGUGUGGGUUUUCAUUUUUGAUUUGUACUUGCGUGUCUUUCCCUUGGUGUAAUAACUUCCAUUAUUUGAUUAUGCAUAUCUUUUUUUCCAUUAUUACCUGACACUUUUGAUUAGUAAAGCCAGUUCUUCAGAGUACAGCUACCUCAGGACUGUCAGACUAGACUCUCUCUGCCAGCCCCCCCCCCCCCAAGCUUUACACAGCUUGUACACAUUACAACAUGAAGUGUGCCUCUAUUGGCUUGUGAGAAUGAUAACAAAAUACUAAAAUGUAUUUGGCCCUAACUAAUCUGUUUUAAGUUUCUUUGUCAUUGUAUUUUAUAAUUGAAUGAACUUGCGUUAACUUAAUUUGGGGGGUUUCUUUUUAUUGGGGUGGGCUGGGUUGGACAAAAGAUGUAAAUGUUACCAUUUGGGGGGGUUGAGGUCAGAGACAAAGGAGUAGAAAAUUUAACAUGCAAAAGUAUAGGUGUUGCAUUCAAAACAUGAAUUUUACAAUGCAAACCAAAUGUUUUACGCUACAUUUUUUUCUACUUUUGCAAAAUACACUCAUUGAACCAUUUUAAUUAAGAUGCGUGUCUUCAUUUUACUAGCUGUCCUGUUCCUAUGAUGCAACACAUCAAGUUUUAGGAGCAAAUAUACUUGAAUAAUAAAAUUAAUGUACAGAGAUAAUUAAAUAAUUGAGCACAAGAUUGACAGCUGGGAAGAGCUUCUUUCUGAAGCAGCCUCCUGUUCCUCUCCCACCAGCCAGUGUGAUGGAGAGGCCUAUAUAUUUGUACACAGCACAUAUACCUAACGGUACAAGGUAAAUUUUUUAUUAAAAAGAGCUUUCAUGUAUUUAGUUGUCCAUGACAUCACACUAAUUCUUGCUUGCUGAAAUGGAAGCAUGUCUCUGACUAUGCCCUAAUUGUGUAAUUAGAAUGCCUCAGUAGGCUUCCAUUUUAAGUAAACACCACUACACAUUCCUCCAAUGAGCCCUUUCCACCUCAACUUCUCACAUUAUACAAUGUCCUGAAGCCUCAAGUUUUCUGACAAUAUUUUCUGUAUUGGACCAACCCUGCUACAUGAAAAAACUGCUAAAUUCCUCAACUACUGCCUUUUCUGGCUGCAUUAGACACAUGACCGUGUCUGCUUAAGAGUAAAUUCCACUGCAAUACAUUCUAUUUUUUAACAAGUAUAUAUAUCGUAAAUAUUUGGUAAAAUUACUUUUGAGUCUGCCUUUGUGACUUUUUAAGCCUUGUCAGGUGAUUGUUUCCUUUGCUUCGUAUCAUUUCAAACUUGCCUCUGACUAAGCUGAAUGAAAUUAAUAGACUUCAUUCGUUUUUAGUAGAGUGGUCCGUACACUGUGGUCUGACUUGCUCAGGAACUGAUAUUGGGUGUUGGCAUUAAGAAGCUUAUCAAAACUCUAUUGCCAUUAGAAAAAUGUUGCAAACUUUUUUCUCAGUAGACAUUGCCUUUUAUAUCAACUAUUAACCAUACUGACAAUUAUCUACACCUGUGUUAUACUCACUUUGCUAAAUAUUUAUUUUAGUGUGCACUUUAGUGUUUUACUUUCCAACUAAAACAUUCAAAUAUUCCUCUCUCUUCAUUUAUGUCUUUAUUGCCAGUUAAUCCUUGGUAAAAAAAUCUGCCUCCCUGUACUCUGCUUGAAACCUCAGGCUUCUGUGUUUUGCAUGUCUGUUUUAAGUGGCUUCAUUUUGCUGAGUAUCAGAACUUGCAGGUUGAAUAUGCAGUUCAGGCAAAAUAGCCACCUUUAUACUGACAGAUCACAUGUAAGAGAGGCAAAAGAACAUUUAGUUUAGAGUAGGCUCAAUAAUAAUGAAUAAAUGACAGAGAAAUAGAAUGACCAGGGUGUAUGGAAGCAAGCAAGCAAGCAGUAUCACUGGUCCUCUACCCUGCAUGAAGAUAUAAUGUCUACAAUUGCCUAAUGCUGAUGCGAGGAGAGUUUGUUGCAAUUUUUUUUUUCCUGUGUAAAAUGUCAUCGUUUUAUAUCCAUGUAUUAUAUAGUAUAAUGCAUGCCGUCAGUUGUAAUUAGCCAAAUAAUUUGAUCUAUAUUUAUAUACCUAAACUUGCUGUGUACAUCGCUGCUAAAAGGUAUGAUAUGAUUAUACACAUAAUUUUACAAAUAAACUUGCCAGUUUAAUUUUA